GCCGCGGCCCCUCUGGCCCCUGCGCGGCGCUCCGCGGGCUGCGGGCGUCAUGGCCGAGGCGGCGCCGCCACCAUGACCGCGGACCCGUCGGCGCAGCUCCCCGACAGCCUCCGCACGGACCAUGUUCCAUGCCUUUUUUAGAUCUAGCUUACCAGUUCUGCCACUACUCCUUGUUCUGUCUCCAGUGAAUGCAUCUACUUGUGCAAUGGGAAAUAAAACAGCAGAAAUCCGUGUGAAGUAUGAGAAUGUACUAAGUCAUGACAUCAGUGAGCUGGUAAAUAUGUCUGCAGAGAAUCGUGACAGGUGCUGCAAGAAUAAAAAAUAUGAAAAUAUCAAAGUGUUUUUCUGCAAUGAUACUGAGGAAAUAGAAUCACUACAGAGCAUGGCAUGCAACAUGCUCAGAUUCUUUAAUAAGCAGAGAAUCAGCAAAGCCUUUAGACAGAAAGCAGCAUUCGUCUCAUGUGGGACAUUACAAGUUCUACAGUGUAAAUGUGAAAGACCUAAAAAAGAAAAGGUUUGCCCACACGUAUUUCGUUUAGAAGAUACAGAGACAGGUGAACAGUCCAGAAAGAAAUGUAACCACGAAGUUUGUGAACUAAAAGAAAAUAUAUCUAGCCUUCGAUCCUGCUGGAAUAAAUUUGAAAAAAUAAUUUCCAGGUGAUUCCAGGUGAAUCCUGCUCUUUUCUUUCGAAGUGGCAUUACUUGGUAUCUUUGCAUUUUAUAUGCAUUCUUCAAGUCAACUUGCUCACUUAUAUGAACACUUUAUGCCAGAAUUCUGAUGGAAAGCUACUGUACCUUGUUCCUGGAGAUACAGAAAUAGAAAUGGCUGAACGAAGCUGCUGAAGUCUGAGAAGUGGAAAUAGACCACCAUUUGAAACAAAUAACUCUGCAGAGGUCUAUGUCCAACCUUUGUGCUCUGGAAACUACUCUGAAUGUUCUGAUUUUUCAAGUAACUUUAUAAUACUGUCAUAUGAAAGCAGCCACUUACAUGUCUACUGGAAUUUAUAAAAAACAUCUUGGAAUCUGAAGGUGAAGAAAAAGAGUAUGAAAGAGUAGCUGGUUUCUUUAUAUCUAUGCAAAACACACCAAGGACCAAAAGUUACAAUUUACCAAAGCAGCAGAUUAUCUUGGAUAUGUUCUCCUGACACAGAAGUGUUUUUGAUGGGUCUGCUAACUGGUUUGGGUUUGGAAAAACAGGGAAAAAGUUAGCUUUUUGAAAAACUUAGGAAGGGAACUGAUUUUUGAGAGAUGCAGCAUGCUUCUGCUGGCUGAAGCACAGACAAGACAGAAUCCUGUAGAAGAAGAAAAAGAUGCCUGAAUGCAAGUUGCUCAGUUGACUGGAAACAGCACUACACUCAUUAAUUUGAUCAACCCAGAGUUAGCUGCAGGAGGAGCUAGAAUUCCUUAGCUUCAGAUUGUGAUUUCUCAUAUGCAAUUACUUUAUGUAACAUGUUUUAAGAUGCUAGGCAAACAUGACUUAAAAUAUGUGAAUAUUGUCAGAGAAUAAUAUAUUGGCAUUUAACUAAUAAAGUGCUCAUAUUUUAUUUUGAAUAAAUAGAAGUAUUUUUAUAGUUAUUACUCUUUUGUAGUUUCUUACUUUGAUAUAACUCCUUUGGUAAUAAAAUAU